AUGCUGAGGCAGAGGCAGAGGCGGGUGCAGGCGGGCGACACGGGCGGAGGUGGGCAACGCGGACGUGCGGGCGCAGAGGCGGUGGGUGGGUGUGCGGGACGCGGGCGACGUGGGCGCAGGCAACGCGGCGGCGCCAAGAGGCAGCGACGCGCGCGCGGAGGCCGGCAACGCGGCGAGGUGAAGGCGGGCGAGGUGGGCACGGAGGUGGGCGUGGAGAAGGCGGGCGAGGACGUGGGGGCGGAAGAGGGCGACGCGGUGACGAGCGACGCAGAGGAGGAGGGCGAGGACGUGGGCGGGACGAGGGCGGACGGAGGGGAUGGCAAGGCUGAGGCGCGGGACGUGAAGGUGGGCGACGCGAAGCCGGGCGAUGCGAGGGCAGGCGACGCGAGGGCAGGCGACGCGAAGGUGGGGAACGUGAAGGCAGGGGGCGACGCGGAGGGCUCGCGGGAGGACAGGGAGGGCCGGGAUGAAAAGGUGGUGGGCGACGUGGGUUGGGACGACACAGAGGAGCGUGGGAUGGAGGUGGCGGGCAACGCGGUGGCGCAGAUGGCCAACGCGGGCGGAGGUGAGGCCUUGAGGGAGGCAGCGGGCGAUGCGGGCGGACUUGGCGAUGUGGAGGUGGGUGACGCAGACGCGGAUGAGGUGGGAGGAAAAGGGUGA